UAUAGGCAGACGCCUCAUUAAUCAGCUAUUGUUAGAACGAGAGAUCAGCGCCAACGAGGGGCAUCGACCUUGCGUCUUUAGUUUUCUUUGUUCAGUUCGCGGAUCUGCUCCGGCGUUCCCUCACGAGAUCGGGCGUUCUCCACCGUCCGUUCUCGCACGAUUACUCAAAUUUGCUUUCCACAAGUUCUCUCGUUUAUUAUACAAGGAGGCUGUUUCCCAGGUUCAAACUGUUGGGAAUAUACUGGGCUAACUCCAAUGGGAACAGACACUGGGAGCUGGUAUUUGGGGUUAAAUUAUGAUCAGUGGGUGGCACUUCCGGUAUCUGGUCAUCGACCUGCUGCUCGUUACAAGGUUAUCAAGUGGGAAACAAAACUUCUCCUUCUGGCUGGACUCUCGAAGGAUAGCAGUGACUGGGUGACAGUACGUUUCUUUGAUCUUGAAUCCUACAAUUGUGGUGUUGUUGAGACCUUUGGAAAUGCCCCGGUGAAUCGCAGUGGGCAAUCUGUUACACUCUUCAGUUCUAAACUUAUCAUGUUUGGUGGAGAAGACUGUAAUGGGCGGCUACUGAAUGAUGUUCAUGUUCUUGAUUUGGAGACGAUGACAUGGAGUGCUGUUGAGACUACGCAGACACCACCAUCUCCCAGAUUUGAUCACUCGGCUGCACUACAUGCUGAACGUUAUCUUUUUAUAUUUGGUGGAUGCUCUCAUUCUGUCUUUUUCAAUGACCUCCAUGUGCUGGACCUGGAAACGAUGGAAUGGUCCCAACCACAGAUGCAAGGUGAUUUGGUGACUCCCAGGGCAGGUCAUUCCGGUAUUGCAGUUGAAGGAAAUUGGUUUAUAGUUGGUGGUGGAGAUAAUAAAAGUGGUGCAGUGGAAACCAUCACUAUAAAUAUGUCUAAACUUGUUGUGUCUGUACUGACUAGUGUAAAAGAAAGAGACCCACUAGCUAGUGAGGGAAUUAGCAUUUCUUCAGCAUCACUAGGUGGUGAUACGUUUUUGAUAACUUUUGGUGGCUACAAUGGGAAGUAUUUCAACGAGGUAUUUGUUAUGAGGGUCAAACCAAGGGACUCACUAAGUCCUAAGCUAUUGCAAUCACCAGCGGCUGCUGCUGCUGCUGCUUCAGUUACAGCUGCAUACGCAUUGGUAAAAUCUGAGCCAUUGGAUAUGACUGAAAAAGAUGAUCCAAAUUCUAAAGUAAUCGCCAUAGAUACCACUCAGCAGAAUCUUUCUGUACAAAUCAAUUCACUGACAGAAGACAAGAAGGCCUUGGAGUUGUCACUUGCCGAGAUAAAGACUGAGAACUCUGCCAUCAAGGCUAAGAUUGAAGAAGUUAAUGGAAAUUAUGCUGAGCUGUCCAAGGAACUUCAUUCAGUGCAAGGACAACUGGUUGCUGAGAGAUCAAGAUGCGCCAAAUUAGAGGCACAAAUAGGGGAGCUACAGAAAAUGCUAGAAUCACUGCCAUCAUUAGAAAGAGAGGUUGAGUCCCUUCGGUCUGAAAAAUCUGCAUUCGAACGUGAUUUGGAGCUUGCUGCAGCUGUCCAGACACAGAGGUCUGGUGGUAUUUGGAAAUGGGUUUCUGGUUAAUAACUGAACCAUGUCGCUUCAGCCCAAAGGUCGUGGGCCAUUAGUGGGUAAUCGUUAUACAUUCAUUUGGGUGCAUAUACUUGGCUACAAUGAAUUCUUGCAGCUGUUCUCUUGUACGAUUAUUUGAGACUUGGCACGAAUGGAAUUGUAUUUUGAGUUUUUACGUUAUCGGAUUCUCAAUUUUCGUGGAUGAAAACAUAUGUUACUUUUUUUUUCUUAUGUUGUUUUGUGUAAGUACUUAGAAAGAGAAUGAUAUGUGUUAUGGCUAUACAAAGUUCCAUUAGCAGUCAAUUCUCCCGUCAAAUACGUAAAAUAAAUUUUAAUGGUUUUUUGUGAUGA